GCUUGGCAUUUGGUGGUGGUGUCCUUUCCUUUCCCCUUUGGCCAUAGAAAACCAUGAACAACUCCAUAGAAAUCCCAGACUGCUACUACCCAAAAGAAGCAGUCUUAAUUUGUCCAAGCACUUCCACACCAAAACACACUCUCUACCUCUCCAACCUUGAUGACCAAAAGUUCCUCAGGUUUUCCAUCAAAUACCUCCACCUCUACAAGAAAUCAGUCAGUGUUGAUGUCCUCCAAGCUUCUCUUUCCAAUGUCCUAGUUGAGUAUUACCCUCUUGCUGGCAGGUUAAAGCCUAGUCAAGAACAUGAAGACAAGUUCCUCCUUGAUUGCAAUGCUCAAGGUGCUUAUUUUUCUGAAGCUCAUCUUGAUAUCACUGUUGAUCAGUUCCUUUAUGCCUCUUCCAAACCAAACAAGUCUUGGAGAAAGCUCUUAUUCAGAUUGGAUUCUCAAUCCUUCUUAGAUGUCCCUCCUCUUAUUAUUCAAGUGAAUUAUCUUAGUUGUGGUGGAAUGAUACUCUGCACAUCAAUAAAUCAUUGUUUCUGUGAUGGCAUUGGCAGUUCUCAGUUCCUUCAUGCUUGGUCACAGCUCACUUCGAAACCAAAUGCCGAACUCUCUGUAAAACCGUAUCAUAUCCGACAUUUACUAAAACCUCGAAUCCCUUCGCAGAUUUCCUUCUCACAUCCUGAAUUCCAUUGCCAUGAUCCUUCAUUUAAUGUGACUCAAUUCAUUCUGUCACAACCUUUAGUCCCUGUUUCAGUUACCUUCACUCCUUCUCAAAUUCUAAGCCUCAAGAAGCUUUGUGUUCCUUCUCUCAAGUGUACUUCUUUCGAGGUUCUUUCUUCUCAUGUUUGGAGGUCUUGGGUGAAGGCAUUGGAUCUACCACCAUUCCUUCCUGUCAAGCUAAUCUUUUCGAUCAAUGUUCGAAAGAAGAUGAGGCCAAAGCUUCCUAUCGGUUACUACGGCAAUGGAUUUGUCUUAGGAUGUGCGGAAACAUCGGUGGACCGUUUAGCUCUGUCUAACUUGCAGUAUAGUGUGAAACUAGUACAGCAAGCUAAGGAUUGUGUUACCGAUGAUUAUGUUCGGUCUAUGAUUGAUUUCUUGCAAGAGAGGAGGAUUAAGCCAGAUCUUUCUUCAAGUUUAGUAAUCUCUCAAUGGGCAAAACAAGAAUUGGAAGACUUGGACUUUGGAGAAGGGAAGCCUUUAUAUAUUGGUCCUGUUGCAAGUGAAAUUUACUGCCUUUUCUUGCCAGUGACUGGUAAUUUGCAUGCAUUCACUGUGCUAAUGUCUGUUCCUCAGAGCAUUGCCGAAAAAUUUGAGCAUUUGCUUGUGAAUUUUGAUGAAAAAGAAGGGAAUGAAGAUGAUGGCAAGGAGAAACUGUUUGUUUGAAACACAGUUAACUCAGUUGUUGUGACACUCUUAUGUUUUUCUGUUUAUUUUUCCUCUCUUUUCCCUCCAUGUUUUUAAAAUUUAGUUACUCACAUCAUGCUUUGUACCAAAUACUACCAACUUUGGUUUGCUCUGGAGUUACAAUUACUUUACUGCCUUUAAAUUAAA